AUGAAUCUCCUGCCAACUGCGCGCUGGUGUGCCUGCAACCCGUCGGGUUUUUCUAGGGAGGUAUGCCGCGCUGGACACCGAAAAAUGUGGCAAAGGGCGCACGCGGCUCAAUCCGUGUUGACUCUCUCUGUGCUCCUCUCUGUUUUCUUCCAUGCCGUGUUUCUCGACACACUCCCAGCUUUAGCGGAACUCAAGGAAACGAGGUCCCGUUGUGAGGAAGGGACAAACAUGACCAAGUGCAGCUGUCAGGUCGAAGCAAAUCAAACGACAGCAACGCUUCGAACAACGAUGUCGCAGCAGAAAGCUGUCUUCCACCUGCUAUGCGAAAGCAGCAUGCAAUAUGCUCCGGAUAAGUUAGAGGGUUCGACUGUCUGCCCCGCCGAGACGAGGAGCCUCCUUGAGUGCAAAACCGAAGGCAAUAGUCGAGCCGCCGUUGACCCUGCCGGUACUACAAAACCGGUUGAAAUUCAAACUUUCCUCUCCGAAGCCGAUCCCAAAGUAUCCUGGGAGACACCAGAAGCAGGCGAAAACAACACAAGGACGUUAUCGAUCCCUCAACAGUUAUUCCCGUAUGUCGACGGGGAAUUCGUUGUCGGAUGCCUUGACUCGAGCAAUAACAAGGCUACCUGCCAAGUUACGGUCGCACUCGCAGCAAGAGAGUCUGCUACAGAAGGGCACAAAGCCCUCUGCGCAUACGGCGAAGCGAGCAACAAGAAACACCAAUCAAUCACGCUCAGUCCUGCAAACAAUAGCUUCGCUCUCGUGUGCGGAGACAAGGGAGAAAUUGUGCAGAAGGACUACAAGAGUUCUUACUGCCCCGUCGGCGAUGGAAUGGAGGCCGCUACCACUUGCAAAGGCGACUACAAGACCAUUCUUCCAGAGUAUGAACAGGCAUGGUGGGGCGGUGACGACGGCAAGUCGUUCACGCUGACGAUUCCGAAAGAGAAAUUUCCGGAGAACGAGGCGACGCUCAUGAUUCAAUGCCAAAAAAAGUCCGACAAGCUCGGCUCGAAGAGCGGAACACCAGGGACCUCCAAGCCGAGCGUGUGCACCGUGCAUGUCACGAUCGAGGGAACUGGAAAAGCGAGCUCCUCACCGCCUUCUGCGUCUCUUGGCGCGACUGGCCUAUGCGUUUUGCUCGUGCUGGCAGGCGCUACGUCUGCAGGUUCGGGCUACAUCUAA